UCAGUGUUGUAGAAGCGAAACAAUCGAGUCAGAAAUAGCUCUGGAAAUUGAAGAUCGUGAAUUGUGUCCAUUGAAAUAACUCUAAAUCGGUAGCCAGGUCUAGCAAGACUAACAGUGGUGUCGGACUGGUCUGUAUCAAGCUCCACUGGAAGGAGCUGCUCCUUGUUUAUAUUGUGCAAGGGGAGCUUGAUAAGGAGGCCCGAUUUAGUGUGAGUGGAAAGAGGCGGCCGUGGCUGAGAGUGAGUAGUGGUUCGGCCUUUCGCGCAUCAGCCAAAGAAUAUGAGACAGAUGCCACAAUGACAUCAAGAUUUGGUAAAACCUACAGUCGAAAGGGAGGAGAUGGGACCUCCAAAUUCGAUGAAGUCCUUUCCAAUAAAAGGGCCACACUCAGCACCAAAUGGGGUGAAACUACCUACAAAGCUCAAGUGGGCUCCAAACGACCGGGCCUUAAGACCGACCCAGCUGAUCGGACCAAGAAAAUGAAGCGAACUGAGGAUGACGGCAUGGAGGACCCGUUUGGCUUUGACAGCGACGAUGAGUCUAAACCAGUCUCCUCACGCAUCGGGACCCAGCCCAAGGUCUCCCCAGCCAAAACAGCCUUGUCGGAACCACCUCGCACCAGCUUAACUCUGGAGCCCAAUAGUCGCGUGAGCCAACCAGCUAGCGUUGAAGCUGUAGCCCCAAGUCGGGCUUCAUCCACUGCUGUCAGUGACAGGAGUGCACUUAGAGUCCCAGAGGACCCUGGAAAAUUCUUCAGCAGUUCUGGGAAGACCCAGAGCUGGUCCAGUGAAAGCACUGAAAGGCACAGCUACACAUGGUACAAAAAUGCCUCAGAGAGUGAUAGGAAGCCUCUGACCCAGACCACCACGCUGAGAACGGAGAAGAGCGAGGACAAAGACUCUUACGACGCCUGGAGCUCAGUGGUAGGACUUGGGGUCAGGUCCACCUCUCCUGUCACUGGUCCAAGAGGUUCUCCGUCUGCCAUGUUGGCCUAUGGACAUAGCGUGGAAAAGCCCUCUGUAGAUUCUCAAAGCGAGCAGGUCGGGUCAAUAGACUCGGACGUACCCGUGGAACCCUGCGAACUGGAGGACAAUUCCCAGUCCGCGCUCAGGACCUCUAAUUGCAGAACCUACUGCCGCCCCAAUAAAGGCAAGCAGCUUGGCGGUAUGGACGGCACGGGCUCUGCGUCAAACAGCAGCGGCAUGGGUGGUUUUAGGAGCAGCAGCGCCGAGAACAGCGGUAAGCCGGUGAGCCGGGGUAGGACGAGAGACUAUACUGUCCUGCAUCCAUCUUGCGUGUCCAUGUGCAACGUCACCAUUCAGGACUCGAUGGAUCGGAGCAUGGAGGAGUACACGCCCAGCACUGCCACACCCGAUCCCGGGGAGGCUGGCCGACUUAAGAAGAAAACAGAGGCAGAGACCAAACCAACCAGUAGGUCCAGACCUCCUCAGAGCAAAUCAAAGAAGGAUACCAAGCUGGAGCUCUUUGGCUUUGAGGAGAAUGAGGGCCUUGUUGAAGAAGGGGACUCUGUAGCCUCAGGUAGCUCCAACUAUAAGAUAAAAUACUUUGGCUUUGACGAUCUGAGUGAGAGCGACAGUGAUGAAGAGGACGGCUCCACUGCGGCUCAGAGGAGAAGGGCGAAGAAGAAGGCCGCUGCCGCAGCAGCAGCUUUCUCCAUGGAAACAAAUAUUGACGGCCCCCACUCUAAAGAGCCUCAGGACAGCCAGGCCAGUAGUAACUCAGGUCAGACACAGAACCUCAAGCAAGAUCUUUUAGAGGUCCCUGUGGAGGACUCUCCCACUGUUUCAGAAGUGCCAAAGAGGCAGCAGGGGAACCAACAGGAGAGGUCUAAAGAGAGCAGCAGGAAGAUCUUUAGUGGGCCCAAGAAGUCCCCUACUAAAGCUGUGUAUAAUGCAAGACACUGGAAUCGACCGGAGCCUGAGGAGCUGCCCCCCCCACCGCCCUCCCGAUCCCAGGCCACACCGGCCAACCUGUCAGGAGGCAGUAAGGAGCCCAACGCACACAAAGAUGAUGGCGUCUUCAAAGCACCGCCCCCGCCGCCCAAAGUCAUCAAAUCCGUGACCAUCCCCACCGAGCCUUACCAGGACAUUGUCACUGCACUGAAAUGUAGGAAGGAGCACAAGGAGUUGUACACGGUUGUACAGCAUGUGAAGCACUUCAACGACGUGGUGGAGUUUGGGGAGAAUCAAGAGUUCACGGAUGACUUUGAGUACCUGGCCACAGGGCUUAAGAGUGGUCAACCCCUCAACACACGCUGCCUUAGUAUUAUUAGUCUGGCCACCAGGUGCGCAAUGCCAAGCUUCAGGAUGCAUCUGAGAGCCAGGGGGAAGGUCGCCCACGUCUUUAAAACCCUCAGUGAUGCACCCCAGCACCCGAAUUUGGCUCUGUGCACAGCAUCUUUGAUGUACAUUCUGAGCAGAGACCGACUGAAUAUGGAUCUGGACCGGGCCAGCCUGGAUCUUAUGAUCCGUCUGCUCGAGUUAGAGCAGGACAACUCUGCGGACGACCAGCUGACUGCUAAAGAGAUGAACAAAGUCAAAGAGAAGAUCCGUAAGCUCUGUGAGACGGUCCAUAACAAGCAUCUGGAUCUGGAGAACAUAACGACAGGGCAUUUAGCCAUGGAAACAUUAUUAUCACUAACAUCGAAGAGGGCUGGAGACUGGUUCAAAGAGGAACUCAGGCUGCUGGGAGGGCUUGACCACAUUGUAGAUAAAGUAAAAGAAUGUGUGGAUAAUCUGAGCCGCGAGGACGACAAGGAGAACCUGGUGGCCUCGCUGUGGGGAGCCGAGAGAUGCCUGCGCGUGCUGGAAAGCGUAACUGUUCAUAACCCAGAGAAUCAGGGCUACCUGAUUGCUUAUAAGGACUCGCAGCUCAUUGUCUCAUCUGCAAAGGCUCUGAGAUACUGCGAGGAGAUGAUCCAGCGCUACAGCAGAGAAGUGAACAGCUCUCUGUGUUCGUCUGGCACACCGUUGCCUUACUGCAGUAACAGCAACGUGGGCAAAGCCGUGGAAGACUGCAUGAGAGCCAUCAUUGGCGUUCUGCUCAACCUCACCCACGACAACGAAUGGGGAAGCACAAAGACGGGGGAGCAGGAGGAUCUUAUAAUAACAGCACUGAACUGUGUUCUGAGGGUACCUCAGUACUUGCCCCAGGAGCAGAGAUUUGACAUUAGAGUUCUGGGCCUGGGCUUGCUGAUUAACCUUGUAGAGUACAGUGCAAGGAACAGACACUGUUUGGUGGAGAUGAAGAUGGAUUACGGGGGACUGGGGGACUCUGUGUGUGUGCCUGAUAAAGACGAGCUCAAGUCGGAGGGUUCCCUCAGUGCUAUUGCUGCCCUGGUGAAGCUGUUUCUUCAACGCGAGCAUGCGGCCGUGCUGGCGGAGGCGGAGACCGAUGACUUCAUCAACGACGCGCCCAAAGCUCAGCUGGACCAGAGCGGGGAGUGGCAGGAGACCUCAGGAGAGAUCCAGUGGGUCGCCUCUGAGAAUAACACCACCAAUGAGAAAGAGAACAAAAAAGAGGAAGAGGAUGAAGAGUUAGACCUUAACAAAGCUCUUCAACAUGCUGGAAAGCACAUGGAGGACAGUAUUGUGGCCUCGUACACUGCACUGCUAUUGGGCUGUCUCUGCCAGGGAAGUCCUAUGAAUGUGACUACUGUGAGGGAAAACUUACCAAAAGGAGAUUUCUCCAUAAUGACGGAAAUGUUGAAGAAAUUCCUAAAUUUCAUGAAUCUCACAUGUGACGUUGGCACCACAGGGCAGAAAUCCAUCUCGCGGGUCAUUGAGUAUCUAGAGCAUUGUUAGGGUUACACAGCUCUGCUUUUCUCUGCUAUGUGGAGGAUCAGCGAUCUCACAGGUUCCACAAGUCCAGCAAAAGAGAAUCCGCAAGGACACCAUGCACCCAUCUUCAUCACCUAUCACCUAUCAUCUUCAUCCUCAGGAAGACUGAAUUUGUUCCCAUUAAAGAACUGAAGGAUGAAAUGAUAGACCAUGAUAGGACUUGACAAAAGUAGGAUCGUUAUUCUGUUGAUCUUCAGCUCCCAGGAGUUCACAAAGACCUUUUCGUUACUAUGUCAUCUGUUGCUAACCUUGAUAUGAGCGUUGUCCUUU